AUGGAUCCGACUUAUGCCGGUCAGUUCUGCAAGUCUGCCGGUUUGUUAUGCCGUGAAGAUGUGCCUCAUAUUCUUAGACGAGGUUCAGCUCAUGGAAAAUCAGAAGGCACUCUUGAGGAAGAGAAGGAGCACGUGUUCUUCGACAAAGAAGAGCUGCGGGAGUCAGGGCAAAUAAUCUUGCCGGAUCUGAACUUUCCUCAAUAUUUGAAGUCAUUUUUGCCCAAGGAGUUAGUAGAGAUGAUGCCACCAUUCUCUUCUACAAAUGUUUCUCAAAUUCUGAACUUGUUGGACAUCCCAACCGAGUCGAAUAUGUCCCGCAGCAUGGUGGACACAUUGAGGAUUUGUGAAGGAAGGGAGGACGAAGGAGAAGUGAAGAGUUGCAGCACCUCCAUUGAGGGCAUCGUGGAAUUCGUGGUGUCUCUUUUGGGAUCUGAUGUGGAGCUGCUUAGUGACCCAUCUGUUGUAGGAUCUGGUCAGCGGGUCACGGUUACCAUGGCGGCCAAGAGGGAGAAUAUUGUGGGCGGUAAACCGCCCGUAACCUGUCAUAGUUUUGUGUUUCCAUAUGGAAUGACUUAUUGCCAUUCUUUCAAUGGAAGUGAGGUGUUUGAUCUCCAGUUGGAGGUUGUGCAGGACCAUGAAAAAAUAGUAAGGAACGCUACGGCAAUUUGUCAUUAUUUCUCUGAUGGAGUACGUGGAAAUCGGGCUUCAUGUCACCUCGUUUACGGUGACAUGUUGGUCUGGCUGCCCAAGCCUAAGCAACCGCUGGCUAUUCAGCCAACUAAAAAGAAGACCAUAAAGAAGAGUUUUCAAGAAAAAGUUUUAAGUAUCUUUUUGAUCUGA